GGUUGCCCUCUCAAGAUUGAGUCCUCCUCAAGCUUCACCAGCAAAAACCAAACACCCACAAUGAAGACGCGCCGCUCAACCAGACAAAAAUCCUCAGGCUUCAAGGCCAUUAAUUACGGCCUGUCCGAUGACGAACAGGUCCAGGCGGCUACGUCAUCCAGUCGCGCGCGGGGUCGAAGAAAGUCGCAGGACGAUGGUGAUGGAGACUUUGACGCGCCCGAGGACGAAGCCGCCGACCAAGAGGAUGAUCCCAGCUCGGACGCGUCCGUCCACGACGAAGACAGCGAUGCGGCCGAGUUCCAGGCACCAGCCCGCGGUUCCAGAGGCGGCGCAACAGCGGGCCGGGGGAGAGCCAGGACCAGGGCCAGGGGACGCGGCGGCCGCGCAGCCGGAGGAGGCGGCCGGAGAUCGGGCGGCCUGCCACCGCGCCAGCAGCACUACGAAGCAGCCUCGGACCCCGAGCCCGAGCUCGAGCCCGAGCCCAAGCCCACCACAACCGGCCCCCUCGAGCGCAAGCCACGGGGCGAGUGGAAGGGCCUGACCAAGCGGCGCACGCAGGCGGCGCACCGCACCAGCGCGCGCGGGCUCCCCUCGGCCAAGCGCCGGGGCCUGCCCGAGACGGACGGCGAGGUGUGGCGCUACUCGGCCGACAACGUCAACAAGAGCCUGCGCGUCUACGCCGGCACCCUGCAGCGCCACGACCGCUUCGGCCUGCUGCUGGCCACCAUGUUCGGCCCGGACCCGCGCGCCGUCGCCGUCGCCGACGACCUGCGCCACCACUUUGCAAACUUUGUCCUGCCCGCCCGCGGCCGCCCGCCCGGCCCGGCCGACCCGGACUGCGUGCUCCCCAGUCAGUGGCUGCCGCCCGCCUUCGAGGCCGACCAGCGCCGCGCCUUUGCCGACUGGUACAGGGCGGUCCUGGACGACCCGGCCGCGAGGCAAAAGGCCGCCCCCCCGGCGCCCGCCAAGCGGAGGAGGAAGAUGCUGCUGCUGCUGCCGCGGUCGCCCGACGGGGACCUCAUCACCUUCCUCGGGCCGCACGACAGCCAGAGGCAGGUGGUGAUCCCCCAGGGAGAGGCCAUAUCGCUCUCCGAGACGUGGGAGCCGACCGACGAGGAGUCGCCCGCGCAGCAGCAGCAGCAGCAGCAGCAGCAGCCCGCCGGCUGGCUCGUCGACGUCGGAGGCAUCCCCCUGGCCAUGGGCUGGGCGCCGCGGCGCGAGGCCGACGCGGACCAGAUCCUCGCCCUCGUCGUGGCGCCGUUUGCGGACCAUGCCUUUUACUGGUCCGAGAAGGACCUGCCCAAGGACAACAGCAUGACGUCUGGCAGCGUCCAGCUGUGGAGUUUCACGUCGGAGCUGGACGAGAAGGGCAUCCGCAGACCCUCCAGGAAGCCGCCGCGACGAGCGUCGGCGCUCUGCUUCAACUGGGGCCGGCCGACACGCAUGGAAUGGUGUCCCAUCGCUGCAAGUGCCGAGUUCAAGGGGUUUCUUGGGCUCAUGGCCGUCCUCUGCGACGGCAAGGUUUACGUCGUCGAGGCAAGAGAGCCUGCCAAGGACGGCGAGACGGAGCUUGACUUGAUCCAGAAGCCAAUGGCCACGCUCGACCCUGCAGAAGAGGAGCCGGGAAUCACAGCCACAUGCUUCACCUGGAUGGACGCCAACCACAUGGCGCUCGGGUGCAAGGACGGCACCGUCUCCAUCUGGUCCAUACACCCGCGCAUGCUGCUCCAGCGGCAGACGGUGCACCACGUCGAGGUGGUCGAGGUCCGGUCGGGCUACCCGUCGCAGCCGUACCUGGUGGCGUCGGUGCCCCUGGGCGGCUGCCCGACGCUGACCGACUUCACGGACCCGGCGGUGCAGACGGCGGCGCACACGGCGCCCAGCGCCAACCUGCAGCCCAACACGCUCUGCUGGAGCGAGCACCUGCGCGGCUUCGUCUGCCUCUACGCCAACUCGACCCCGGGCUCCACCACGGUCGCCUUCCUGGGCGCGCGCUACCCGUCGCAGCCCCGCACCGUGUUCCAGGGCUUCAGCCAGCCCGUCAGCCUCGCCACGGGCGCCGGCCACCCGUACACGCUCGUCGGGUGCGCCGACGGGUCGCUGUGGUCCUUCAACACGUUCCACAAGGUGUUUUAUAUGCGCAACGAGAAGCUGUACAAGAUGAAGUUGUUUCAGCACGAGUACCGGCGGGUCGAGGAGGAGGGGGGCAACAAAACCGCCGCCGCCGCUGAGGAGACGACGCCCAAGAUCCGCGGCGCGGUCCGGUUCCUGCACGGCUUCAAGCCCGAGGUCAACGACAAUCCGCGCAACGACUACUCGCGCGGCAUGAUGAAGAAGGCGCGCGAGAAGACCAAGAUGCAGGAGGCCAAGCGCGUCGCCAAGAGGCACGGCGCCGUGGCCGCAGCCGCCGCCGCCGCCGCAGCCCGGGACGCCCAGGUGGGCUCGGCCGACCUGGUGGAGCGCAACGAGGAGGACGACUACCCGGAGGACCACAACCCCAUCAAGGGCAUCAUCCUGCACGAGCCCGAGACCCGCGUCGUUACCAUCGCCUGGAACCCCAACCUCGACGUCGGCUGGUGGGCGGCGGCGGCCAUGGGGUCGGGCUUGCUGCGCGUCAUGGACCUGGGGCUUGAGUGAUGCACAUGUGGAAGGACAAGUCGCUGCGUAGUCUUUGUUCUAUUAAUCCCGAGUCUAACCUCCUUUUACGGGCCUCUAGCGGCACCAGGUGUGAUAAAAGCAAGCGAAUCUAUACAGCCCAAGACAAGACAAGAACCAUCCCUCCCGCCCUUCAUCCACACUCAGCACUGGCUCGCCCCCACGCCGUGGCGGUAGUUGAACG